GUCAGAGAGUAUCAACAUCUUGUGCAAUCAGGUUCCGAGGAGUCGCUUUUUAACUCUGUGAUCGGAGCGACCUUCGUCCCAACCCCAAAUCAUCAUCAUGGCCCGCACGAAGCAAACCGCACGGAAGUCCAGUGGUGGUAAAGCCCCUCGUUUGCAGCUAGCCACCAAGGCAACUCGCAAGAACGCGCCGGCUCCCGGCGACGUCAAGAAGCCCCAUCGAUUCAGGCCCGGUACCGUCGCCCUUCGUGAGAUCCGUCGUUACCAAAAGUCCACUGAGCUCCUGAUCCGCAAGUUGCCUUUUCAGCGACUUGUACGCGAAAUCGCUCAGGACUCAAAGACCGAUCUCCGUUUCCAAAGCUCCGCCGUCAUGGCUCUCCAGGAGGCUUCAGAGGCUUACCUCGUGGGUCUCUUCGAAGAUACCAACCUGUGCGCAAUUCACGCGAAACGUGUCACCAUUAUGCCGAAGGACAUGCAACUGGCGCGCCGCAUCAGAGGGGAACGAGCCUGAAUUUUCCGUGGCUUCUACGCGCAGAUCCCGUUUUAUACCAACAGCGAUGCAUAUCGGACGCGGAGCAAGCCUGACUUCUCGACUACAUGCCGGAACUUAGCGGAAGGAGUUUGGUUCGUGCGCAUCGUGUGCUCUCUUAGAAGCUCGAUUUCAAUUCCUGAAAUGAUCAUAGAAUUGUUUACUUGUCAACGAUGCUGUGAGAUUGUCAAAUGGUUCAAUGGUCCGACGUUUCACGGUGCAGCUAGGGUAGUUCUUGUCCGAAUAGAAUAGAGACGCACGGAUUUUGUGGGGACAAGGGCUUGUGAUUAUAAGACCGAGUACUUGAAUAAAGAACAAGCUUCAUGUA